CAGGGUGACGGUGGAAUUCACCCGUAAUAAAGAGGACAAACUGGUGACCGAGAAGAAGUCGAUGAUCCUGAAACUUGAACCACUCGAAGAAGAUCAGUAAAAUUGAAAUCUUCGACACGGAGAUCUCUGCCCUAACCGACGCCGUGAAAAAAAUGAAUGAAAUGUUGGGACCUGAGGAACGUCUCUGCGCGAAAGUUUAUCACGUACGAAUGGAACAACCGGUGUGUUUGAUCAUGGAGGAUCUUUCUGUUCUCGGUUUUCGUAUGGCCGAUCGCCACCUUGGUCUCGACAUCGAUCACGCGUUAAUGGCUCUUAGAGCAAUAGCUAGGUUUCAUGCUGCGUCGGUCGCUUUGUGCGAAAAGGAACCGAAAUACAAUGAGCAGUAUAGAAAAGGAUACUUCAAUAGGGGGUGUCAAAAGGAGCUGCAAAUGUUCAUAACUGCCAUUUUCAAAGCAAUGGCGGAUGAAGUGGAAAAAAUGCCAGAAUUUGGAAAACCCUAUGCGGAUAAACUUAGGGCGUUUGCACCUAAUUUAUAUCGGAAAGGCGGCGAAGUUACAGCGCGUAAGGACAACGAGUUCAACGUGAUCAAUCAUGGGGAUUGUUGGGUGAACAACAUGUUGUUCCGGUAUGAUGACAAUGGAAAUCCCAUUCAGCAGAUUUUCGUAGACUUUCAACAAUGUAUAAACAGUUCACCUGCGCUUGAUCUGCAUUACUUUUUGGCUACCAGCAUAAGCGAAGAUAUCUAUGAACAUAGGAGAAGCUUGUUGCUCGAGGAGUACUUGAAAACGUUGACAAGUGUCAUGAAGAAACUUGGUUGUAAAACAUCACCGCCCACCAUAGACGAAUUGCAGAGAAUUCUGAAAGAACGACAGAUGUUCGAAUUGAUAGCUACGACCCUUGUCUUGCCAAUAACACUGUUAGACAAGGAGAUGGCAGUGGAUAUCAAUGAGAUAUUGCAAGCGGGUUCCAAAGAUAUCCCUGCUCACAUAUCAGAAGCCUACCGGAAUGUGAUGAGGAAAAGAUUUCCAAGAUACAUGGAAAUGGGCUUAUUCGACCCGUGAGCUUUUUAAUAUGUUUUAUCACGCUCGCUGUUUUGUCGCAAUUAAAAGUUGGCGAUGGAGGACACGAUAUCGAUUGAGCAGCAGUGGGCAUGUUAAAGAUAGAUUUUCGAGAAUCGAAAUCAAUGAACAGCGAUAUCAAUUACGUAUUCGAGUUUACGUGGACAGAUACUAUGUUGAAUUAUGAUCGAUUUAUUGAAGCAGUAAGAUACAUUGUAAUCUAUUCUUUAUCGUCUAUCCUUGAAGCCGAGUGGUUUAACCAAAGUCCAAAUGUUUUUUGUAAAUCACUUAGUCUUAAUAAUAACGAGAAAUGCUUUAGAAGGUACAAGCUUAGAUUUCUAUUUUUGUAAGUCCACAAAUCCAUAGUACAAACUAAGCGAUAAAAUAAUGUCACCUAACAUGCAUAAUUUGCAUGCAUCCUACUACUUUGUAAGUACACGAACAUUGUUACACGUUGCAUAAUGAAAAAGAAAUAAAAAAAUUGAAGAUCAAUGAAAAUGAA